AUGCAGCUCAUCUUUUUCGUGGCAAUAUUAACUCUUUUAGGAGUGGUUUUGGGCUAUCCUGUUACCGAAGAUCCUGCUACUAAUGCCACCCUAGAAGAUGUGGCUGAUUUGGGUGGUAAGGAGGCGAAAGGAGGGGAACGAGCAGCUCGCUGGAUAUCUGGAGGAUGGGGUGGAGGUUGGAAUGGAGGCUGGAAUGGAGGCUGGAAUGGAGGAUGGGGCGGAGGUUGGAAUGGAGGCUGGAGCAAGGAUUGGAGUAUCUCAUACCGACCCUGGAGCAGCAGCUAUUGGUGGUAG